UCGCCAACGUUUCUCUCUGCCUUGGUGGGCACGUCACCGCUGAAUAUCAUUAUCAUCUGUGCCGAAUUUUCCAGUAUUGCAAAGUGGCCUAUAUUUUGAGUUGACACAUUAUCCGAGACAAAGCGGAAACAAAAACAAACGAAGUACAUCUGGAAGCAGUGAUUAAGAUGAAUUUCCCGCUUCUGGUCCUGAGCAGCGCCCUCUUUCUGGUGUGCAGUGCCUACCCGUUCAGCUCCUCUGACCGGCUGGCCCUGCGUAGCUAUCUGAGAGAUGCGUUGCUAGGUGACAUAGGAGACGCCAUGGUGGGGCCCGCUACCAGGGAGGAGAGUGCCGCCAAUAAUAAGCUCAUCGUUCCGCCGAAUACUUUUGUUUCUGGUGGAGCAGGUGAAGGAAAGCAACACCUUGGAUCACUGGGCAAAAUCCCAAACAAGCAGGUGGCUAUACCCGAGAUUCACUCUGGCUACUCCACCCCGCCCAACCCCUGCCCCAAGACGAUGGAUGAAGCAGGCAAGGACAGCGUGAAGUCUUUAAUGCAUCCGAGGCUCACGUGUUUCUGCGAGCCGGGAUGGCAAGACGAUCAACUUGAAAGCCUAGACUGUACCGAAUCUGACAAAUGCUGCCUGGCUACCAUGUCCAACACGGCCGCCUUUGUUAGUCAGUACCAGGAGACCGGGGAGGCAGAGGAACAGCAGUACAUGCCGUUCAAACGGAAUCAGUAUAUUCAGGGUGAAAAGAGAGGUCAACUUGUAGCCAAGAAGUCACCUGAGAUCAUAUCCAAACGAAGCCCUGGGUUAAGACGACCUGCCACAAAGCGAUUCAAUCCCUACCUUGACGACCAACCUCGCAUCCAAGGCGUCGUUGCUAAGAAGUCACCUGGUCUCUCCAGUUUUCCAGCCAUGUAGGAGGUUUGGCUCUCGUGUCAGAGGUCACGGUUGAUAUCAUAGCAUGUGGAUAUAAAUGUCGUGUUUAUCAUCAGAGUGUUUUGAUAUUAGCGGGCAAUCUCUUCAAGAGAUUCUCUUGCAGUUCAGGUUCAUUAUGUUGAGUAUAAAAAGCAAGAAACGACAUUAAUAUUCACAUGAAUACGAAGAAGUAAAAGUGGUGAAUACUGUGCAGUGAAGACGAUCUUCUAGGGUGAAUUACAGGUAAAAUGAUGUGUAGGUUAAUCAUUUUGUUCAAAUACGUGCGUGUUUAUUUGGUAAAAACUUACCCUCUGCAACAGGUUUUUGGAAAUGUUGGAAAAUAUGCCUCCUCCUCGAAUAACCUGAUAUUUCUAGAGAUAAUACGAAAAUGGAUGGUUGAGCCAGAAACAAUAGGUCAAGAGGCCACUUUACUCAAUUUCUACAGCGGGUCACGGACAUGUCAAACACUGUCUGAGUUAUUGUUUCAUUUAUCUUCAGCUUUUCAACUCAUGAAUAAAUGAAAUAUAGCCUAAGGUUUAUCACACUGGUUCUCUCACUGAAAAUAAAUGCAUUUUUGUGACAAAAUCAAUGUUUCUUAUAAGAACUACAAUCCCUGUACUGUUCUAACAAGAAAGCAUGCAGUCCAAUCAAAACGUUUAAUUUUGUUCUUUGAAAAUGUCGCCAUGAUAGAUUGUGAAAAGGAGUGGUAGAAUGCAACAAGCUUUCAUUUCCCAACUUUAGUGACACGGUGGACGGCUAUUAUCAAGAGAAAAAUUACCAACAAAAUUUGUGUUUGAUUAAAAGGGCAAUCAAGCCAGCUUGAAUCAUUAUAAUCAACAUAAAAAGCUACCGUCUCCGAGGUGAUAAAUACAUGCUCUUUUUCUCUUCACGUUUAAGCUAUUCUGAGGAAAGCAAUGCAUAUUCUUUCAAAUGCACGAAUGUUGAUCCAUAGAAAAAUCAUACGCAGCUUAAAGCAUCUACAGAUAUACUUGUAAAAUGUGUCUGCCUUGCUCUGAUCGGUGUAUAUGUCGUUAAUUGACUUUGUCUUUUGGUUUAAAAUUGCUAAUUGAAAUUGUCGCUAAUUAUUUAAUACCUGUCGAUUUGUUGGAGCACAAAAGCGUUAUCAUCUGAUCUAAGUAAAACACAAAUAUCUGCAAAGGUUUGCAUGUAUAAUACACAGUAUUUAUUCAGAUCAAUUCAUGCAUUUGUUCUUAGCGUCACACUUUAACGGUGAAAAAGAUAUACAGAUGACCGCCAUGUAAUGUUACGGAGGAUUAGACAAGACAUUAUUGAUAGUAUUAUUUAGCGAAAAUGCAUCGUUGUCACUUUGUAGAUGAUUGCUAUGCGGCCUUCAAUGCCUUUGAAUAGUAGUUGAACUGGAAAAGUCCUUGCAAAUAUGGACCCUGGGUACUCUGAUCUUCGCUCUUCACAAAGUAUAGAGACACUUUUGGCAAGACCCAACAUUGUGUUUAAUUCGUACAUAGAGGAACUAAAAAAUAUAAGCCUUUUAACAAUAAAGUCAACAAACAACUCUUUUUCUACCGUGCUAUAAUAUAAUCCGUAGAAUUAAACCCAUUGCAACAACCUAGCCUUUUGGCCUAACCCAACAGAUUUACCAACUUGAAGUCACAUGCCUUUGAACAGGUCUUGUUUAGUAAAAUUAACUUGAAUUGUUAGCGAGUCCUGUUGUAAUUAUUAUCAAAACACUAAAUUUAGAAUGUUGUUUCGUUUGCAAAAAAUAAGACAAAAAUGAAUGUACUUAAAGUCCGUUUAGUGGUAUCUGAUUACUGUAUAUGUCAUUUGAAGUGCUGGCUUGUCUUAGCCAUCGUACUAAUGUUUUAUUCAACGCGUAGUUGCCUGCGUAGUGCUGCCUGAAGUCAUAUUAGAAUCAGAACGGGUUUUCUGCAUGUCCCUCGGAAAGUAGUAUGUUCCUGUAUACAUUCAAAUUUGUAUCAUCAACGACAGUCAGUGAUUUAGGGCAAGGUCAAUGGUAAAAAUGUUUGGCAGUAUUAUUGAUUUGUAGAAAAUCUCCUGCAUUUUAUGAUUUAAAAUAUGCCUGUAAAUACUGUGAAUAGGAAACAUAUUGUUCUAAAAGUAGCUGAAUUUUGUGGUUCAUAUGAAAAGAGAGGAACUUGGAUCCGGAAAUAGUAAGUUUGGCCCAAAACAAUAGCGCAGUUUUCGCGUGUGCAAUCUUCAUGCAUUUUAGGUCUCAUGCGUACGAAUUUUUGAUAAAAAUCUUGUCAUGAAAGUAACCUUGACAAUGUAGGUUUAAGGCUGGUCAUAAUUCUCUCACUAAGUACUCUCAGUCAUUGAAUGAAGUAGACAUAAACUGAUCACUAGGCCCAUCACCGAUGACUUUAUGAGUUAUUUGUAUUAGUCUGUGUCAUACAAUUUAAGCUCUACCUUGCAGCAUUUCUUAAAACAGUUAUACCCUUGAAAUGUAGAACCAAAAUUAAUAGACAAUAAAAACCUGCAGCACCCUUUAAGUU